GCAGUUUAAUUGGCCUACAGCCACACUUAACCUGCCGAACAUCCAACACCUCCCUGAAUGGGAUACAGACAAAAGUCCUCCGUCCUUAACUGAGGUUACUAAAGCUGUCACUAAUAUGAAGCAAGGCAAAGCAGUAGGGUCUGAUGGAAUGACUCCAGAGUCAUUUAAGGACGGUGGAGAGAGUUUACUGUCUGCAUUAACUGAGGUUCUAGGCAGCGUCUGGGAAUCAGAGGAAGUCCCAUCGGGUUCGUGUAAGUCACUGAUCAUCCCGAUAUACAAGAAGGGAGACAAGUCUUCUUGUGAUAAUCACAGAGGGAUUAGCUUAACUAAUAUAGUAUCUAAAAUCCUAGGCUCAAUAAUACUGCGUAGACUAUGUGGUGCUCGGGAGGCACAAACACGAGAAAACCAGGCAGGUUUCAGGCCAGGAAGAGGGUGUAUUGAUGAUAUCUUCACCCUUCGACAGAUUCUAGAACAUAGGCAUUCUUACCGGCGUCCGACAAUCAAUAUAUUUCUUGACUUACAGGCGGCAUUCGAUUCUGUCGACCGAGAGGUUCUCUGGCGAUGCUUGGCUGUAAAGGGAAUGCCGAGGAAAUACAUUGCACUGAUUAAGGCACUCUACUCGUACUCAUGCAGCCAGGUGAGGGCUUAUGGCGAGUUGUCAUCUGAAGUGGUGACGACUAGUGGCGUCCGUCAAGGAUGCCGAUUAUCCCCAUUCCUAUUCAACUUCAUCAUAGACGUACUAAUGGACUUAACCCUAACACACUUCAACGACUCAGGGAUUGACUUGCUACCAGGGAAUAACCUCGUCGACUUAGAAUUUGCGGAUGAUAUAGUCCUUCUAGGCGAAGACGCUGACAAAGUGCAGAGUCUACUGAACACCUUGAGCAACAAUCUUCGUAUGUUUGGCAUGCGAUUUGCCCCUGUAAAAUGUAAGAUGAUGCUGCAGGAUUGGACUUCACCGACCCCUAGUUUAGAAAUAGGGAGUGAAGUGGCAGAGCACGUUGUACGUAUCACUUAUUUGGGAAGUUGCAUCGGCCAGUGCCAUCGAGUUGAUCGCUGACGAAAUCUGAGCACAGAUACAGAAGGCUAGGUUCGCAUAUACUAGUUUACACAGUCUCUGGCGUAGACGUGAUAUCCGUCUGGCUAUCGACAAAGGGCGGGUGUACUCCUCAGCAGUUCGCUCCGUCCUCCUUUAUGGCUGUGAGACCUGGGCAUUGAGAGCGGAAGACAUGAAAAGAUUAACUGUCUUUGAUCAUAGGUUUCUGCGUUCUAUCUCCC